AUGGCGAGCUCUUACACUAUCAAUUCUGCUUUCAAGUUAAACAGUGGCUAUGAAAUCCCCUUAUUGGGCUUCGGUGUAUACUUAACCCCGCCAGAAGAGACCGAGAGGGCCGUUGCCGAUGCGCUUAAAGCUGGCUACCGCCACAUCGACUCCGCUGUCUUUUACCACAAUGAAGAAGGGUGUGGCAAAGCUAUCAAGGCGAGCGGACUGCCGCGGUCUGAAAUCUAUUUUACAUCCAAGAUUCCCCCAGAUCUAAUGUCAUACGAUGCCACUAAGGCACAAGUCGACAAAAGUCUGAAAACUGCGGGCCUGGACUACAUCGAUCUCAUACUCAUCCAUUCGCCGUACGGUGGCUCAGCGGCCCGAAAAGGAGUGUGGAAAGCGCUCGUAGAAGCUGUUGAAGAGGGCAAGGUCCGAUCCAUCGGUGUUAGUAACUACGGAGUCCAGCAUCUCGACGAACUAGAAAAGCACAUUGCAGAGCUUGAAGCCGAACGAGGCGGUAAGGGCAAAGGAGGUGUCAUCUCAGUCGGCCAGUGGGAGAUUCACCCAUGGUGCCGUCGUGAGGAUAUCGCCGAAUGGUCUAAGAAGCGCAACAUCGCCGUCGAGGCCUACUGUCCCGUCGUCAGGGGUGAACGAUUCGGCGACCCGACUCUAGUUAGCCUCGCCGAGAAAUAUGGCAAGACUCAAGCUCAGAUCUUGAUUCGAUGGAGCUUACAGAAAGGUUAUCUCCCGCUUCCCAAGAGCGCUACAACUUCCCGAAUUAUCGAGAACGCCGCAAUCUACGACUUUGACUUAUCCCAGGAGGAUAUUGAGAAGUUGAAUACGGACGUAUAUGCCCCUAUUGCAUGGGACCCUACCAAGGCUGGCCUAGAUGACUAA